UUGUCUCCAGUGUCUGGUUUGCGGUCGGCGGUGUCGGAGGCAGUGUCUCGGUCCGUAGGCUUGAGGCAGGGACCGGCGUCUAUUGUCUGUGUUUGACUCCAUAGUUUGGUCCCGGGCCUUCCGGAGCUGUCCCGGGGCAGUCGGCAGAGGCUGCCGCCACCGCCCCCGCCCCGCCCCUCCGUCCCCGGUCCGGGAGGGACCGAGCCCGCGUCACGCCCCUCAGCGCUCACCGGUCCCUUCUCUGUCGUUGCGUCCGCAUCGCGCCCCCGGAAUCAGACGGUGCCCCAUAGAUGGCCAGCUUUCCCCCGAGGGUCAACGAGAAAGAGAUCGUGAGAUCACGUACUAUAGGAGAACUUUUAGCUCCAGCAGCUCCUUUUGACAAGAAAUGUGGUCGUGAAAAUUGGACUGUUGCUUUUGCUCCAGAUGGUUCGUACUUUGCUUGGUCACAAGGACAUCGUACAGUAAAGCUUGUUCCGUGGUCCCAGUGCCUUAAGAACUUUCUCUUGCAUGGCACCAAGAAUAUCACCAAUUCAAGCAGUUUGAGAUUGUCAAGACAAAACAGUGAUGGUGGUCAGAAAAAUAAGCCUCGUGAGCAUAUUAUAGACUGUGGUGACAUAGUCUGGAGUCUUGCUUUUGGAUCUUCAGUUCCAGAAAAACAGAGUCGCUGUGUCAAUAUAGAAUGGCAUCGAUUCAGAUUUGGACAAGAUCAGCUGCUCCUUGCCACAGGGUUAAACAAUGGGCGUAUCAAAAUAUGGGAUGUAUAUACAGGAAAACUCCUCCUUAACUUAGUAGAUCAUACUGAAGUGGUCAGAGAUUUAACUUUUGCUCCAGAUGGGAGCUUGAUCCUAGUAUCAGCUUCAAGAGACAAAACUCUGAGAGUAUGGGACCUGAAAGAUGAUGGAAACAUGAUGAAAGUAUUGAGGGGCCAUCAGAACUGGGUGUAUAGCUGUGCAUUCUCUCCUGACUCUUCUAUGCUGUGUUCAGUGGGAGCCAGUAAAGCAGUUUUCCUUUGGAAUAUGGAUAAAUAUACCAUGAUACGGAAAUUAGAAGGACACCACCAUGAUGUUGUAGCUUGUGACUUUUCUCCUGAUGGAGCAUUACUGGCUACUGCAUCUUAUGAUACUCGAGUAUAUAUCUGGGAUCCGCAUAAUGGAGACAUUCUGAUGGAAUUUGGGCACCUGUUUCCCCCACCUACUCCAAUAUUUGCUGGAGGAGCAAAUGAUCGAUGGGUACGAUCUGUGUCCUUUAGUCAUGAUGGACUGCAUGUUGCAAGCCUUGCUGAUGAUAAAAUGGUGAGGUUCUGGAGAAUUGAUGAGGAUUAUCCAGUUCAAGUUGCACCUUUGAGCAAUGGUCUUUGCUGUGCCUUUUCUACUGAUGGCAGUGUUUUAGCUGCUGGGACACAUGAUGGAAGUGUGUAUUUUUGGGCCACUCCAAGGCAAGUCCCUAGCCUUCAACAUUUAUGUCGCAUGUCAAUCCGGAGAGUGAUGCCCACCCAAGAGGUCCAGGAGCUGCCUAUUCCUUCCAAAGUUUUGGAGUUUCUUUCCUAUCGUAUUUAGAGGGCUCUCUCUUCCUGGUACUAGGGGCUGACAGAGCACACUUGACACAAACCUCAAGCUUGACUGACUUCAAGUAUCUUUUUCAAGGUUUAGAAGAUUUAUUUAAUUUGAUGCAUUCUUGUAGUGCAUUUUGAUCGUUUGAGCAUUUAAAAAUAUUAUUUAUAGACUAUAGAAGAACUGUUUGCGGACAUAUCAAAUGUAAUUUUUUUUCCUAAAAUUUAACUGUGAAAACAUAUACAUAAAUGUAUAUAUUUAGAUAUAAGCUGCUAUGUGUUGAAUAGAUCCUUUUGCUUUUUUAACUUAGUUACAACGUGUAUAUAUUACUUCAGUAGAGCCUCAAUAUGUAUCUUCACUGUAAAGUGGAAGGAAGUUUUGUUUUUUGUUUUUUGUUUGUUUUUGAUUCUGGGCCGCUGAGUUUGAUGGUAAAUAUUGGCUAAAGGAACCUGAAUUUCCUGAUUUAAAAAAAAUGCAGAUUUGGUCAGGGGUGGAGUCAGACAUCUGACCUGCAAGUAAAACCUCUGAGGAAAGGAUUUUUUUCUUUAGAAAUGGCAUCCAAGGGGUAGAAUUUGAAUGUGACAUUAUUAAAUAAAAAGCAGAGCCAAGGUUUAACUAGGAAAGGGGUGUGUGUGUGUCUGUCUUUUUCUCAUCAUUUCUCCCCACCCCCACCCUCGCCCAUAACUAUAACUGUUGCUGCGGGCUUUAAUUUUGGAAAGCAACUUGCUACUUCAACCCCGUGGUAUAAAGUAUUAUAAAUUUUAGUUAUUUUGCAAAAUCCGUCUACUGUAUUAUUGCUAAAUAUUUUGUUACUUGUACUAAGGGACAAUUUUAAGACCAUGGUUUUGCUUGUUUUUUUAUGUUUUUUUUUACAUGUAUCAUAUGGUUCUGCAGAGGGUAAUAUUGGUGAUUUGCCAAAGAGAAGCAAUACAGUAUAUCUGCUUUUGCCUUCUGUUUUUUGUCUUACCUGCAGAUAUUAAGAAUGUAUGCAUUAUGUAAAAUGCUUGAUUAUAUAUAUUUUUGAGUUUUUUAAUUAAAGACUUGUGAAAAACCACCA